ACAGCCACCUUGCAAGUGACGACACUAUCAGGCUCCAUGCGGAUAUAUCUGCAAACAGCUGAAACCCUGUGCAUAACGGACCACCAACAGCUUUAUAGUGACUGCUAAAAGACAAAACCCGAAAUGUGGAAGUUUACCUCCCUUCCACUUGCUGUUUUCCUGCUUACAGUAGUUGGGGGAGACCAAGAAGAUUUCCAAAGUUACCUCCCAGAACAAACAAAAGGCAUUGCUGUCACAAACUCUAGGCUUUUGGAAAAAACAAUCGCAAUUGUUCGUGGCACAGAAGCAGCACCUUCACAGACGACACACCGACGCAUAGAGGAGGAGCCGACUGCCGAGUUUCCAAAGGCAAACGUGUUUGACACAAAACUAAAGCCAACUAAUGAGGGGAUGCCAACCGCAUCGUUAGCCACUACUUUACAAAGCACGGGAAAUAUUCUCUCCAGUAACGUGCAAAGCUCUCUAAAAUCAUCAACAGCUUUCCAUUCAAAAUCAAAAGUCCCACUGAAGUCUGAUUACGCAAAGAUCGUUUCGUCUUCCACACCAACUGCAUUGGUGUUGAAUGAUACCUUUGAGCCACGUGUCCAUUUGUCUGCCAAGGCAGUCAAAGCCCCUCCAUGGUUUUCUGUGCCGCGUGCAACCGGGAGCCGCAGAAAUGCCAACUCUGUUAUUCCCACAUCUGCUGAUACAGGACUUUUACUUCCAAUCCCAUCUGCAUCUCCUCCUCGUGUAAUUGAUAACCUGACGGAGCUGUUUAACAACAGUGAUGAUUUACGACCUCAAGAGAAGAGCAUAAGAAAACUGGGAGAGAAUGAGGAUCUGCCUAGUACAAUGCAGUUCAUCCUCCAAGCUGAUCCAACAAAAGAUUCAAUGAAAGGAAAUGAUGUGACAGACUUGUGUUUGACCUGUCUGAAAGAUGGAAAAGCAAUGUCCAGCGAGAAAUUUGCAGCCAGCUCUACUGCUUCAUUAAACAGUUCCCAUUCGUUUUCAACUGGGAAAAGCAAAGAGACCAAAGAGAGCAACAUUUUCAAAAAUGCAAUAAAUUACAACCACACAUCUCUUCCUUUUACCCAUAAUAAGACUGAGAGAAAAACUGUUUCUUUUUCCUCUCAUAUUGCUGCUGAACUGUCAUCUGAAAAACACAAAUUCACAACACUACCACCAAGUCGUACCCAUCCCAGCAACAUCUUUGUCACAGCAAGUCCAAAGUUAACAUCCAUUUCGCAGUAUCCCUCAUCAAAGCCUUCUUACACCGGCGAGAAACCAGUAAAACAUGGACACCAAGAGACAUUUAACGAAAAUGUCUCCAUAAGGGAGCCUCAGUCAAAUCCGAUGCCUUUCACUCAGAGCGAGGAAAAGGCUUCCCACAGUCUCUCAACAAGCUUGAGAAAUCAGGACAUCAGCACUGGGCCAGUGAGCAAUGCGCCUUUCUUUGCUCCCCUCAGCAGUUUUAACAGUCCUCUCCUGAAAGGUCGUGCUCAUGGCACUGCUUCACAUCCGACAAGAAUGAACUCAAUCGAAGCUCUUGCUGCAGUAACACCCUUCACCCUUCGCAGGCCAACUGUUUCCACAGUCAAAAAUCUCAAGUCUGGUUUUCUGACAGGAAAAGCUGGGACUUUCAUCUCUGUGUCCAACAGCCAAACAAAACCUAAACCUACGUCUCGGGCUGAACAGUCGAUAUUGACUUUGUUACCGAAGGAUUUAACAGUUAGGCUUGCAUCUGUCACUCAUAAACAGUCUCCUGCUAAUCUCCAAACAACAGCGAGUACGACAGCUGUGACCAGAGUACAAACUUCAACUUUUCCUACAAGAAAAGUUAGGCUGAAGGUCUUUGACUUUGACGUCUCUCAGUUGGCAUUAACAGAACCAAAAAGUAUGUCUUUCAAUAAGAAACAGAUAGAAACUCAAUCAAAAAUCACUGAGAGGAGGGAUUUUGAAGGCAACAGGCCUGAUAGCAAAUUAAUAGACUUACACAACAUUCACAGUCUGACGCUUAGAGAUGAGAGAGAAAGCAUUUUGAGUGUAGUUACUGAAAACAAGGACAAAGACACUCUUCAGUCCAACAGCAGCCACGGCAGAGAAAUUACAAAAAUGUUUCUCAAAGAGGAUGCAAUCCUGGAAAACAAAAGGGAGGGAUUAUUAAGAUUAGAUGAUCCUGAAAUUGAAAAACGAGCAGCAGAGAUAAAGCAAAGCAGAUACAGAGAGGCUGGAGAAAUGAAAGAGUUCAUCAGCAAGACAAGCAGAGAAGAGCAUGUACUUCUGAGACAUGACAAACAUACACAACACAGUGAGGUCAAAGAUGAGAGAGACGCCAAAAGAGAAGGUGUGACUAAAAUAAAUACGCAGAAUUCAACCCUGGAUGCUACUGGAAAGCAGAAACAGUUUUUGGAGGAAAACGGAGCAAAGGCUGGAAGUGGGGAGGACAGAAAAUUUAAUAAGGAUAUUGGGAAGGAGGAUGUGACAAAUGUUCCCCCUGAACAGGCAACAAAUUGGAAAGAACUUAACGGAGACAAAGAGCGCAUUGUUGAAAAGCUGUCUCCCUGUCCUGGUUUGAUUAAAGAGUCGGACAGCUCUGAGCUCAAGGGUAUUCAUCUGGGUGAAAAUGCUUCACAAAUAAGAGACCUAACAAAUAAGUCAUUUUCUUUCGAGGUGACAAGCAAUCACCAGCUGCCACACCCAUCUGUAAGAUCACCAGAUCCAAGGGAGGAGGAGCUUCCAAAAGAAGACAUUAUGUUACCACCGAAGGAAACAAGUUCUCAAGAGUUUGAGGUUACGCUUCCUGCCACUGCCGCGUCAAAAAUGUCUGGAUCUAUUUCUGUGUUUACGCCACUUAUUUCCCCAAGCGGGAGGGCCGCUAACGCAGCUAAACUGCCUUCACUCACAACCCGAUUUCAGAGAGCCGAGUCCCACUUUACCGUGAGCGGUUCUCUCAAUGCAUCAAUUAUUCAGAGCAACACAGAUCAUAAGCAUAAAUUGAACUAUCCUGUUCAGAGGACCGAAGCAGUUUCACACACAGCGAUCGAGCAAGAGCAUGUGGAAUAUGCCACGCCAUCCAUACACCAGCAGAUGUACGAUGAUUCAUCCGCAAAGACACCCACAGUCGCAGUCUUGUCAUUUAAACCCCGCAUCUCUGUGGGCCCAUUUCAGCCUCACCGAGGGCAGUCUGCUACUCAGAGGAGUCACUCCUCCUCCUCAUGCCCUAACAUAACUCCAGGCCAGACAUGUCUCUCCAGGGUGUCAGAGCAGGCAUCGCAUCCAGACACUUUACAUUCUCCCGCUGCGCAAAACAAGCAGAGACUUCCACAGGCGCGGACCACGUCGUCGUCCGCCAUCCCUGCAGCAGGAAUCAAUGCCUUUUCUCCCGAAAGCGUGUCACCGAUGAUGAAACCGAGGACGUUAAGUGGUGACAGGUUGACUGUAACCUACGGAUUGCAGAAGCUGACUGGAUCACAGCAGGCCCACUUUGUCCCUGGAUCCAACAGCAGAGAGUCCUCGUUAGCGGCCGCUGGUGAGACAGAGGCUGUCUCACCAGCAGCAACAAGUCAAAGAGAAAAGAAAGGAGAUGUUAUGCUCAUGAUGACAUCCGUUGUGAGACAUUCAGAUGGAGUCGCGGGUGAUCAACGUACGACUGUCGGGAGUAAACAUGUUGCUAAUGACACUGAUGAAUUCAACUCCACUUCCCUUCAGACUAAGAAUGAGACUAAACAGAGUGACCUUUCUACUGCUGGUGGCAAAGAUGAAGCAAGCAAUAUAAUUAUGACUGCGAAGCAUCAUCAGCACUUUGAGUUAGAAAAAGCCGUGCCGUACACUGCGAUGGCUACAAAUGGGGAAUUUGGGCAUGACACAAAUGAUGCUGACACGAUCGAUCGAGUUGGCACCGGCACGAUUUUCCAGACGGGUAAUCUUCCCGAAAGGCCUAAAAUACAGUCUGACGAAGAGCCUAACUCAUUGUCUGAUAUUGAGCAUCGCUUGGCAAAGACAAAUGUAAGGCACGACAACCAGCCUCUGUCACAGCAGAGUGAGGGUAACAACUCAGACCUGAUUACAAAUAUGAAUUCAAGCACUGACCGUGCGAUCCACAAAAUUACGCGCCAGACUUUUGACCAGGCAAGACACAUUGCUUCUCAAUUUCAGACAAACGCAAAUAAAACCGCUGACUUUGUCUCUCUGACAGAGACUCCCGCUGAGUUCAGAGGCUUUACAUCUCUGCUGGUCACCAGUGGGACUCUGCCAGACAGUAGGAAGUUAACUCAGAAUGCAGCUGAGCACAGAUCUCAGCCCUACGCUCGUCCUAAUCCUUUGACUCAGAGAGAGCUUCCCAUAACUCACACUUCUGACAAGCUCACCCCCGCUGUUUUGAGAAUAAAAACAAUGGAAGCGCAUAGUGUGCAGGAGCAGCCAGAGGAGGAGAUUCUUGCACGAGCUGCUGAACAAGGCCAGCAUGCCCUGCUUUCUACGACUGCAUUAUCACACGAUGUUAAUAUGGCAGAGUCUGGCUUUUCAGAGUCAUAUGUCCAGACACCUGCAGCGUCUGAACAAAUGAGCUAUUUAUCACUUAAAGGGAUUAAAUCAGUUCCUCUGCCUGUGAAUAUUUAUGGAGAGCACUCACAAGACCGGGUAGAAAAACAGAAGAACCACACGUUGCCCAAAAGAACCUCAAUAAGCCAAGCAUUCUUGGGUCAUGUGACAGAUUUUCUACCUCUUGCAGAGAUCCCACCCACAGAGUUUGUUAAUACAACCAGUUGUAGCAGCUCUGGCUGUACAAAGUCUGGUGAAACUACUGAGGCAGUCGUGAUUGAUCCCACAAAGGAAAUGUUUGAAACUCGAUUCCCAGAAAAAAAUAAUUUCCUGGCCCAAAACGCUAAUAAAACAAAAUCCGGAAGCAACUGGAGCUUUCAUCGCUCGUUACCUGAAAAAUCUGCACCCCAGGCUGUCGAGCUCAAAGUGUUGCAUUUCUCAGUCACCAGUAAAUGGGAGCAGGACUACACCAGUGAUGACACGGCGUCAACAAAGGCCAAAAGUACAUCAGAUGAAACUGUUCAUUUGGAAAGAAAAGACGCACCUCAGUGGACUCGGUUUGUGACGACAACGACACAAAGACGCUUUCAGAACACCUUUGGAGUUGUCGCAACAGAGGGCACACUGUCUGAGUCUGGAGCGGCUGCUGUGGAAACCACAAUAAAGUCCACUGAGAAGACGCUGCCUGUUGAAGGAAACACCAAAACACAAUUAGACAGAAGAGUAGGCAGAGCCAGGAUGCUGGCAGAACAAAAUGUCAGUAGGUCACCGCGUGCCCAUGCUAAGGACAAGACGGCAAGCCUGGAGUCUGGGAGCAGGCUGUUAGUGUCAGAGCCGCAGACUAAAUCAGAGCUCCCAAGGCUGAACCAGAGGAGAAGGACGUCACCUCAUCAGUAUGUCUCUGGUGUGACAGAAAUUUCAGAUGACAUCUGUGGCAGUGGAAACUACACCGCAGAAAUGAGGCUGAAGAUGGGAAGAAGUGUGGAGCCUGGCGAUGUGGUGCCGGCCCGAGGGAACCUCAGAGCGAUCAUCAAUCUGAAGACAAACAACAGUCAGAUCAACCUUGGCGUCACCGCCUGUUGCCUGUCACCAACACGUCAGCCGGACUUCAACGACUCCACCCGCUGCCUUUUUUUCAGGCCAGGAGCGGAGCCGCCGGGGAUCACGCUGCUGCCCAGCGCCUUGUCAACCAGUGCCAGCUUUACCAUCAGUCUCUUCCAAAUGAUUAAUUACUCAGUGGUGUACCUACACUGUGAUCUCAGUGUCUGCCUGAGGAACCACUCUGACUGUGAAAGGCAAUGCACUUCUGAAGGUGCAGACACCGUCGCGGCCAAUCUUCGAAAUCGCAUAUCCUUUGGGCCGGUGUUGAAACAAGCAAAAAAUUCAACCUUCCCCACGGAGAUAGAUCCAUCACAACUGGAUCUGGUUUUGGUCUUUGUCAGCCUGGUGGUUGGCGUCUCCCUCGUCUCUUUGCUGCUGCUCCUGGUGUGGCUGGCCUACCAUCGGCGGGCCAUCUGGCUGCUCCGCUCCGCGGCUCCGUCGCCAGCCUGCUGCGGCUGCCUACGCCCGGGAGGCGACUUGAUCUCACCGUGACCAAGGAGGAACCGCUGCCAAUUAUGCUGAUCAAGUCCCCACCAAAAUAGCUGCAAACAAUUACAUUAGUCAACAGACAGAGGGGGCAGUCAAUCAUAUUAGGCGCAGAGCAGAAGCGGCCGGUCUCACCGCCCGGCGUAGGACAGAAUACACAAUGAGGUGCAAUCCAAUUCACACCUCCUCGCACAGGUGACACAGCUGUUGCAGUCAAAUUUCACACUUAACCAUGAAAAGUCUAUUAUCAUCUGCUGAAAAUAAACAGCACCUCUAAAUAGAAAAGCUGCUCUGAUCCCUUCUCUCACUGGGUGGAAAUCAAUAGGCCUGCCUAUAACACUUGGAUGAAUGGAUAACUUGGAAAUAAUAGUUUGAUAUGAUGUAUGCAUUUGUGGUUUAAAGUCGUUAUUGAGCUUCUUUGACAAAUCGUUAUGGGAAAAUGUCACUUUCAGCUUAGCUGUUGCCGCAGUACUUCUGUAGUGUUUGCUUUGCAAUGUUAUGUCAUAAUAUGUCAUACAGUAGGUGACAUGGAUGGCUUGUUGAUUGUGUACACUUGCAACAAGUAACCAGGUCCUUAAUCUGAAUUCUUAAAACUAACAUUUAAAGUGUUAUGGUGUGAAAUAGUCUUUUUUUUGUGAUGUUUAUUUUCACUUUUUGGUAUUUUUAUGUUUCAGCAGUUCUUGCAUCGAUGAAGGGCUGGAGAAGCCUUUCAUUGAUGCACCCAACCACAACCACCCAGCAGGCAGAAACACAAACCUAAAGCCUGUUCUGAAAAAACAAAGACAGUUAACGUAAAGAGCAAUCAGAAACUAAUCAUAGUGAUUCGAAAGAUAGAUGGAUCAUAUGUUUUUCAUUAUCACUAAAACAACAAAGGGUGUUUGAAAAUCUCAAAGAUUACCAAAUCAGAAUCUUGCAGUCCAAAAAAACUAAACAAAUGCAAAACCAGACCAAUGUACUGUUGGUAGCCACAAGUCAAUGAGCUGGACACAUGGACAUGAGACACAGAAAUGCAAAACUCCUGCCAUACCCCAAGUUGUGGCACCCUGGGCAGUGAGCCCUACCAGAAUUAGCACCAGGAUGUACCUCGCCUGGUCUUAAUGUUGCUUUUUGUUCAUUAAAUGUAUGAGGCUUUCACACAGGGGGAAAGCCUGUGUGAAACUGUGAGUGGUUUGUGGUAAAACCAACAUGUAGCCUGGAGUCGCAAAUGAAUACGAACAAACAGAAAACUUACAAAAAAAAAAAACAGGAGCAGGUUUGAGUUAUGAGUAUAGAUUAGUAAUGGGUCGUAACAGAAAGAACCAGUGAAGAACAAAGCAAGCCAGGGACCUUUUACAUAAAGAGGAGGGAGUGGAAAUGACAAAAGAACCAGGACAAGCAACUACAGGCACACAGAUGUAGGUGGGGAAGGAGCUGAUAAGGACAAAUAAGGAAAUGAUCAACAGCUGGGGCGGGGAGCAGACUGGUAGGCUGAGGUGAGGUGAGCAACAAACAGGAACGAAGAGAAGUGAAAAGAAUACCUGAGCCAUAAACAGAAAUAAAUACCAAUCUAAUGAACCAUAUCUAAGAGACAAACAAUGAGAAUAACUGAACUAACACCAGUAACAAGCAAAAAUGCAAAAAAAAAGGGAAAAAAAGGAAAAACAAUCGAAUCAGGAAGUUAGGGGUAAUCUGAAAGCACACGGUAGUCCACCAAUUUAUCUGGGAACAUCUGAGUAAAGGGGGUUGAAUACAAAAGCCCCUAAGAUUGAGAUUAUGUAUAUGCUAAAUAGGAUUUUUCCCAUUUUGGUUGGAUGUAAAUCACACAGCAGCUUCAUUGACUGGAUUUUACUGUUUUUCCAGGCGAAGAUUUAUUUAUUAUUUUUUAAAAAUAUGUCUCAGAUAUGUUGAGAGUUACAAAAAAGUAAACAAGCCCCAAAGUCCUAGUCACGUUACACACUCAUACACAUAAAACACAAAACUCAAUGCCCUUUUAACAUUUCUCUUCAUCUAGUUAUGUUUGCCAACAUCUACGCUCUGAGCAUAUGGACCGGAGAGACUCGAGUUAAGCUAUUAGAGGACACAAGGGGCGAUGGAAAAAGCCUGUAGCUCUACCCAGUCAGCUUAGCUAGUGUGGUGGAGCCUGCUAAUGCGAUUGGCUGACCCUGAGAGAUGUGGCUUCCAUCAAUGAAGACAGACUUUCUCCCCUCAGGUAGCCUAUCAGAAACCUGAUCACGACUGCCUGGUCUUCAUUGGAACAUCAAUCCGUGGGUCUGUCCUAAAUAAUAGUGGGAGUUAGUGAAGCAUGAAACUAUGGCUGUCAGAGAAUGUUAAAUUCAUCUCCCCCCCCCACCCACCGCAUACAUAAGGCGAGUUGAAAGGUUUUAUGUUUAAGAGUUCAUUAUUUUCACCAGAGUUGACUCUCAAAUUAGAAGUUUUCUAUUCAUGUUGUGUUUUUUCUUCUGGGGGGACAUUUUCCAAUUCCCAUUAUUUGUUCCACAGUGUGUUGGUGCAGUUGCUAAUCUCUAAUCAACAAAAGCCAAACAGUGAUUUAUUUCUAACUUUUUGGGUUCUAGGUGUGGCUGGCAUUCCACACGGAUAUCUGGGCCAUAAUCUCAAGGAUCUAAAUUCUCUCACAGUAGCAUAUUUUA